AUUAUUUUAAUGUAACUAAAAAUGUAUAUGCAGGUGGUUCUUCAUGUACAUUAGAAGUUCAGAGGGAACUACCUAUUCUAAAGAAGGUUUAUGGUAAAAACAUGCAUAAAGUCCUGCAUGUUGGCCCUGAUACCUGUUCAGUAGUGUCAAAAUUGCUAAAAGAAGAGAAUACUGAGGCAUGGGGUAUUGAGCCAUAUGACUUAGACGAUGUUGAUGCCAACUGCAAGAAUCUUGUGCGGAAAGGAUUCGUACGUGCAACAGAUAUCAAGUUUAAUCUGCCAUAUCGUGCAAAAUCAUUUUCUUUAGUGAUAGUGUCAGAUGUUGUGGAUUACUUGUCGCCGAGGUACCUUAAUAAGACUCUUACAGAACUGGCUAGGGUUUCAGAAGAUGGUGUGGUUAUUUUUGCUGGUAAUCCAACUCAGAAGAAAACGAAAGUUGCAGAGUUAUCCAAAUUUGGCCGUCCUGCUAAAUUCCGAACCUCAAGUUGGUGGAUAAGAUAUUUCUUUCAGAAUAGUCUACGAGAGAAUGAAGCUGCUGCCAAGAAGUUUGUACAGACUUCAACCAAGCAGUCAUAUAAGCCAGCUUGUCAAGUUUUCCACUUGAAGUCCCAUUGACAACCUCGGACCUCCACCAUCAUAUCCUUACCGUGGGAAUCAUUCCAACAAGGUGUCUUCUUUACCCAAAGGGUAAUAACGGGUAACGUUAUUUCGUCUACCAAUUAGCAUGAAUUUGUCAGUUAAGGUUUUUAGCUCCCUAAUGCUGCAUCUCAUUAUUGUUGUAAUUCACAGAUAAUGUGUUGUGAUAUUAUAGAGCGAAAUUGAAUUUAUCACCAUAUUUUUUGGAAGGCUAGUUCAAGAAGCUCACGGACUGCCUUCUAACUUUGAGAAAGUUUUACCUUCUAGUUGAGAAUUCUCCUUUUACUGGUUCCUACAAAUAUAAGGGUCCUCAGAGGCUAACUUGCUAAGGCUGAAAACCUAACUAAUGGGCCCAAAAUCUCAGAGGGUAUGGGUCCAAUUUCCAGAAUACAAGACCUAUCCCAAGUACCCCCACCGAACUGAACCAGCCCAAGUUCAAUUUACAAUUUUCACACCCCAAAUAACUAAUAAACAAAAAAAAAAAAAAUCGUCUGCGAAUGACUAUGACGAGAUGCGAACAGAGGCCGCCAUGACAGCAACAAAGAAGCUCUCCACUCUUUUCCCUUUACUCUCUCUCCUCUGCUUCAUCUCCAUCUUCUUCCUCCUCUCCCUCUCCAGAAGAGCUUCCAUUUCUUCUACUCAACAACAUCUCCCAUCCGUCCAAAUUACCAUCAAUGGUAGCUACGAUGUUGACAAUCUUGGCUCUGGCUCUGAAUGCGACUACUCCCGUGGGUCGUGGAUCUACGACCCAGAUGUCAGAUUCGAGAGGUACGAUAGCAGCUGCAAGGAGAUAUUUAAAGGAUGGAACUGUGGUUUGAACAACAAAUCCAACGCUCGGGAGAUCGUCAAGUGGCGCUGGACCCCCAGGAACUGCCCUCUACCGCAAUUGGAUCCGCUCAAGUUUCUCGAGUCCUAUAGAGAUACUAACAUUGGGUUUAUUGGCGAUUCCUUGAAUAGGAAUAUGUUUGUUUCUUUAUUCUGCACUCUGAAACGGGUGUCCGGUGAAGUGAAGAAGUGGCGUCCCGCUGGGGCUGAUCGGGGGUUCACGUUUCUUCAGUAUAACCUCACCAUUGCAUAUCACCGAACGAAUCUUUUGGUCCGUUAUAGUAGGUGGUCAGCCAGUGCUAACGGUGGAGAGUUGGAAGCUCUUGGAUAUAAAGAGGGUUAUAGAGUUGAUAUUGAUGUUCCAGAGGGCACAUGGGAGAAGGCUCCAAGUUUCCAUGAUAUUCUAAUCUUCAACACAGGACACUGGUGGUUUGCUCCUUCAAAAUUUGAUCCUGCGAAGUCACCCAUGCUUUUCUUUGAAAAUGAUCUACCUGUGCUGCCUCCUAUACCUCCUAAUGCUGGGUUGGAAAAGGCUUUAAGACACAUGAUACUGUUUGUAAAGAGAAAUUCACGACCAGAUACCAUUAAAUUUUUUCGCACACAGUCACCUAGACAUUUUGAAGGAGGUGACUGGGACCAUGGUGGUUCUUGCCAACGGCUUCAACCUUUGUUGUCAGAACAGGUUGAGGACCUUUUCUCAACGAAGAAAAAUGGGACAAAUGUGGAAGUACGCAUGGUGAACCAACACCUAUACAAGGCCCUAGAGGAGUCUGAUUUCCGUUUAUUAGACAUCACUCAGAUGAGCGAGUUCAGAGCAGACGCCCAUCCUGCCUCAGCUGGUGGAAAGAAGCACGAUGAUUGCAUGCAUUGGUGCCUACCUGGAAUUACAGACACUUGGAACGAUUUGUUUGUAACUCUUUUGAACGGUAAUAAGAUUAGAAACUGAUACAUCACCAUAGCUAUCCAAUAUGAAAUUGUAUUCUCUCAAAUUUAUUUAAGUUGAUAGUGAUAGUGUUUAUUAGGGUUGGGUAGAUCGUUGGUUAACUAAAGUAAAUAAUCAAAAAGUUA